UCUCUGAGACGACACACACACAGUGAGAGACGGACGAUAAGAUUCACUGUCAGACCAAAACCACCACUUCCACUGAGAGAGGACAUAUACAGGAGGGAAAACUGGGAAUACUGGAAUACUACCACUUCAACCAGCUGCUGAAUCCACAAACCGAACGAGAGUUUUACAGGGAAUUUCAACUUUCAGGGAACAGGGAGUGACUGAGCUGUUUGCCUGCUGUGUUUCCUGCUUUACUCAGAGACUGAAUGGCUUCAAGAUUAGAGAAAGAUCUCUGCUGUCCGAUCUGCCAUGAAGUCUUUAAAGAUCCUGUCAUCCUGUCAUGUACCCACAGCUUUUGUAAAGGUUGUCUGCAGAGCUGGUGGACAGAGAAAAAAGCACGUGAGUGUCCAGUUUGUAAGAGAUGUUCAAAGCCAAAACCACCUUUAAACCGGGUGUUAAAGAACCUGUGUGAGAGUUUCUUACAGGAGAGAGAUCAGAGAGCUUCAGAGGUUCGCUGCAGUCUGCACUCUAAGAAACUCAAACUCUUCUGUCUGGACCAUCAGCAGCCAGUGUGUCUCAUCUGCAGAGAUUCAGAAAAACACUCCAACCACAGAUUCAGACCCAUCGAUGAAGCUGCACGACAACACAAGAAGGAACUUCAGGAAACUCUGGAGCCCAGAGACGCAGAUUAAGGAUCAGUUUAAGAAGCUUCACCAGUUUCUAGAUGAGGAAGAGGAGGCCAGGAUGGCUGCACUGGGGGAGGAAGAGGAGCAGAAGAGUCAGAGGAUGAAGAAGAAGAUG